AGCGGCGCUGCCUCAGCCUGGCAUUGUGUCGCCUCCGUGCUGUCGCCAAGCCCCCGCCCGGUCCUUGCCACCCACUGAGCCCCGCCGAGCCUCUGUCACCCGCCAGCCUCUCUCCACCUGUGAGAUGCUCUCCUUGGAUCCGCUGGGUCCCAAGUGGGACUGCCCCCUGGGCUCCAAGGUCCUGGAGGACGAGGAGGGCCCGUGGGGAGGAGACUCCGGCCUGCCACCUCCAGACGACUUCCCCGGCUCCUGGCGCCUCGACGUGGGCCUGGACUGCAAGGGCUCCCCGGAAGGGGCGGAGGCCCGGGCCUGGACGACCUACUACUACAGCCUCCUGCAGAGCUGUCUGCAGCAAGCCGGCCUUCCGGAGACCCAGGACCGCAGCCAGGUGCCCCGAACAGGCUGCCCCGGGGCAGAGGUGACCUUGUGCAUUCUGGGCUCCCCCAGCACCUUUUGGUCUGUGCUGCUGGAGGGCGGUGUCCAGAGCCCGGGAAACAUGCUUCUUUGCCUGUCCCCCGCUUGGCUGACCAAGGUGCCCGCACCGGGGCGGCCAGGAGAGGCAGCCCUGCUGGUCUCCAAGGCAGUGAGCUUCCACCCAGGGGGCCUGACAUUCCUGGAUGACUUUGUACCCCCGCGCCGAGCCACCUACUUCCUGGCGGGGCUGGGACCCAGGCCCGGCCUGGGCCAGGAGGCGGCGGAGCUUGCGCGUGACCUCACCUGCCCCACCGGAGCGUCAGCGGAGCUGGCCAGGCUGCUGGAGGACCGGCUGCUGACAAGACAAUUACUGGCCCGGCGCGGUGGCGUGGCUGUGCCAGCUACCCUGGCUUUCACCUACAAGCCACCCGCGCUGCUUCGGGGAGGGGAGGCCAGCCCGGGGCUGCGGCUGGUGGAGCUGAGCGGCAAAGAGGGCCAAGAGACCCUGGUGAAGGAGGAAGUCGGGGCCUUCCUGCGCUCUGCGGUCCUGGGUGAUGCCCUGCAGGUGGCCGUCAAGCUCAGCGGCUGGCGCUGGCGAGGGCAGCAGGCCCUGCGCCUGCACCCCCGGGCAGAGGUGGGCGCAGUGGCGGACACAGUGCUGGCGUCGCUGGAGAAACUGGAGGAGGAGGAGAGCGUCUCAGUGGAGGCUGUGUGCCCACCUGCCCGGCUGCCCUUCCCAGGCAACGCUCCCGCUGGCCCCGCGCUGGCUGUUCGGAUUUGCGCCGUGGUGUGCCGGACGCAGGGCGACAGGCCCCUGUUGAGCAAGGUGGUGUGCGCCGCGGGUCGCGGGGACCGGCCUCUGCGGCACCAGAACUCUUUGCCGCGGACGUUGGAGGUGGUGCUGGCCCAGUGCGGCUUGGGCGAGGAGGCCCAGGUGGCGGUCUUCCGGCGGCGCGUCAAGGAGGCGGCUGAGGCUGCUCUGGCUGCCGUGCUGGCCUUGGAGGCCGGUCUGAGCGCCCAGCAGCGCGGCGGGCGGCUGGCCGGCACGGACUUCCUCGGCGUGGACUUCGCGCUGACGGUGGCGGGUGGCGCGCUGAUCCCGGUGGCCCUGGAGCUGAACAGCGGCCUGUGCCUGGAAGCGUGCGGCGCGCUGGAGGGGCUCUGGGCGGCCCCGCGCUCGAGAUCCGCCACCGAGGAGGCGGCGGCCGCCGCGCCGCUCGUGGAGACCAUGCUGCGGCGCUCGGCGCGCUGCCUCAUGGAGGGGAAGCAUCUGCUGGUGGUCGGCGCGGGCGGUGUCAGCAAGAAGUUCGUGUGGGAGGCGGCGCGCGACUACGGGCUCAAGCUGCACCUGGUGGAGUCGGACCCCAACCACUUUGCCUCCCAGCUGGUGCAGACCUUCAUCCACUUCGAUGUGACGGAGCACCAGAGGGACGAGGAGAACGCACAGCUGCUGGCCGAGCUGGUGCGGGCGCGCGGGCUGCAGCUGGACGGCUGCUUCUCCUACUGGGACGACUGCCUGGUGCUCACAGCCUUGCUCUGCCAGGAGCUGGGUCUGCCCUGCAGCCCCCCAGCCGCCAUGCGCCUGGCAAAGCAGAAGAGCCGCACCCAACUGCAUCUCUUGCGCUGCCAAGGCCCGCCCUGGCCUGCGCCCUCCCUCUAUGCUGUGCCUUGCUGCCCCCUGGAGAGUGAGGCCGACGUGGAGAGGGCUGUCCACCAGGUGCCCCUGCCAGGCGUCAUGAAGCUGGAGUUUGGAGCAGGCGCGGUGGGCGUGCGGCUGGUAGAGGAUGCAUCACAGUGCCGCCAGCACUUUUCCAAGAUUGCCCACGACCUGCAGGGUGAGGCAGACCACCCUGGCAUUGGGCUGGGCUGGGGCAACUCCAUGCUGCUGAUGGAGUUCAUUGAGGGCACGGAGCACGAUGUGGACCUGGUGUUGUUCGGUGGGAGACUGCUGGCUGCCUUCGUCUCCGACAAUGGCCCCACGAGGCUGCCUGGCUUCACUGAGACGGCAGCCUGCAUGCCCACCGGGCUGGCUCCGGAGCAGGAGGCGCAGCUGGUGCAGGCGGCCUUCCGCUGUUGCCUGGGCUGUGGGCUGCUGGAUGGCGUCUUCAACGUGGAGCUCAAGCUGACCAGGACCGGGCCUCGGCUCAUCGAGAUCAACCCCCGCAUGGGUGGCUUCUACCUGCGAGACUGGAUCCUGGAGCUCUACGGUGUGGACCUGUUGCUGGCUGCUGCUAUGGUGGCCUGCGGCCUGCGGCCUGCCUUGCCCACCCACCCACGGGCCAGCGGCCACCUGGUGGGUGUCACUGGCCUGGUGUCCCAGCACCUGCAGGUACUGAGUUCCACGGCCAGCCAAGAGGCCCUGCAGGCUCUUCAUGAACGGGGCCUGCUGCGUUUCAAUCAGUUUGCAUCUUUGGAGGAGGUCCGGGGGCCUGGCGAGUAUGAGGAGCCCUACUGCAGCGUGGCCUGUGCCGCGCCCAGCCUGGCCGAGGCCCGCCUGCGCCUGCUGGGCCUCUGCCAGGGCCUGGGCAUCGAUGGGCCCCACUACCCCGUGGCUCAUUUCCUGUCCCACUUCAAAUAGCACUGGGGCCAGGGCGCAGGAGCAAAUGCUGGAGGUGGCGCUGUGGUGCCGUCUGCUGCCUGACACUCUCCCUGCCUCUCUUCCCACAGCCCUUCCCCAACGCGGGCCUCAGGCCGCAGGUCCCUUCAGAGUGGCAGGGCCAUUUUGACACCAGGCCUCCUGGGCUUAAGGGCCACAAAAAAAAAGUAACUGGGGGUGCCGUGGGGCCCUCUUGCCCUCCCAAAAGUUCCAGUCCAGCCCUCAGCUGCCCCAGGACUCUGGCCAAGGAGAAGUGACAACAGCUGCACACACGCCCACACGCCCACACCCUGCCCCACCUGCAGGGAGGUGGGGGUGGGCCCAAACCUAGUCUGUUCUCCCCACCCCCCAAGCGUUUCUCUCUUCCUCCCAUCUGCAGGAGAGAACCUGGCAGGCCCCUGGCCUUGGACAAAUCCCAAGAGAGCCUGAGACUAACCCCCCACCCUCUGAUCCCUACCACCUCCUCUAACAAAUUCCAGGGCAGUUCUAGAGCCUGCCGACAACUCCUGGCAGUGUCGCGCCUGCCUCACGUGACCUGAGCAGCAGAGGCAGGUGGCCCGGGGUCAGCAGUUACCGUCUCCCCUCCAGGCAGACACGAUUGUCUCAUUCUGCAGAUGAGGAAACAUGCUCAAAGCAGAAAAACCACGGCCUCAGGGUCAUGUCGAAGUGGAUGGAAUGACGAGGGGAAAGAUGCAGGGCCCAGGUUCCCGCUUUUACUAAGUCUUACGUGCUCGCUCAGUCUCUAGGCCUUGCUCGCCUCCUUGCCCUCAUUCAUAAGUGGCCCCGACACAUGCGGACAGCCCCCUCUCGUGCACCAGGCAUCUUCUGCACCGAGCUUGGAUGCUUGGCCUCUGUGUACACCUAACCAGCACUGGCGGGGGUGAGUCUGCGCUCCCUUCCUAACUCAGGGGAGUCUGCUUUAAGAACUCCUGCUCCACGAGCACCCCUCCCCAAAUAAAGGCUUAAGGACUACUGGAA